ACUAGUCCAAGUUCAUGUACAGUAACAGUAUACAAUAACAAGUUACAAACUGUCUGUAGUUGUCAAGUCUCAAGUCAACAACUACCACUAGUUAAGCUCAUCUUUUUCAUUGGAUUAAAUUUCGCUAUGGAGUUGCGUAGACGACAGCUAUCAAAUGGAGACACGAAGGACGUACCACCGCGCCAGAAGAAAGCAGUACCUUCUUUCUUCCUAAAAAUACGUCCAAAAAAAGUGAUAAUCACCCUGAGCAUCCUGUUCUUCUUCUACAUAGCCCUAUCCUUCAACUCAGAGCCUCUGCGGUUCGGCUCAUCCAUGAUCGACCGGCUGGCCUCGUCCCUGAACCUGCACAAGCAGCAGUACGUGGUGAUAAUAGACGCAGGCUCAACAGGCAGCCGAGUGCUAGCCUUCACCUUCCACAACUCUAUUCUGAACAACGACCUAGUUCUAGACAGCGAAUUGUUCGCCGAAGUCAAGCCAGGACUCAGCAGCUUCGCCGACGACCCGCAAGCUGGAGUCGAGACACUGCGGACUCUCCUGGACAAGGCCAAAGCGGUGAUUCCCGAGUCCGCUUGGGCUCACACUCCGGUGAGCAUGAAGGCCACAGCAGGCUUGAGACUUCUUCCGCGAGCCAAGGCGGACAAUAUCAUCCAAGAGUGCCGGAAGUUCUUCAGCCAGUCGGGCUUUUUUACCACCAAGAACUCCGUCUCGAUAAUGGAGGGCGUUGAUGAGGGAAUCUUCGCCUGGUUCACUGUUAAUUUCCUCACUGGAAAACUCUCCAGUUAUAAGAACGACAACACCGCAGCAGUAUUAGACCUGGGCGGUGGAUCCACCCAGGUCACCUACGCUUUGGACGAGGAAGACCUUAAAGUCCUGGACAAGCACUUUUACACUAUCAACGCCUUCAAUCGCAAUAUGACCCUUUAUACUUAUAGUUAUCUUGGCAUGGGACUCAUGGCUGCCAGGAAGGGAGUCCUCACUGGCUUUGGUCAUCAUCAAGAAGACAAGGAUCAAGCUCCGAAGGUUCAGGAGGUUCUUGUCAGGUCCGAGUGCGUUAAUCCAAUUGUCUCUGCUAAGUGGAACUACGCAGGUGUUAAUUAUCUCGUCAAGGGACCCGUUAAUGGGACUCACAAGAAGGUCAAGGGGUGGAAUGGCGCUGUCACUGAAGAAGACAGGCCUGUUGUUAGAGUCAAUGAGUGUAUCAAGGUUGUUAAAAAUUAUAUUGAUACUAUUGACGAGAAACCUGUGGGAUUGGCCAAGCAUAAUAUUUAUGCAGUGUCUUAUUAUUAUGACAGAGCUACUGAGGCAGGAUUAAUAGAUCCAUUUACAGGAGGUGUAAUUACACUUCAAUCCUUCCAUAAAAAACUUGUUGAAAUUUGUAAUUAUCCUAAUACUGAUCAGCCAUUUAUGUGCCUGGAUAUGACGUUUAUUUAUGUAUUACUACAUGAUGCGUUUGGUCUUGAUCAUACUACUAAAUUAAACCUUUAUAAAAAAUACAAUGGACAUGAACUAAGCUGGAGUUUAGGAGCAGCGUUCAGCCUUCUUGAUAGCGAUCUUUAA